UCUCUCUCUCUCUCUGCACAUUUCCCAAUGGCCGACUCCGUCAACCACGCUUCAGAUUCCGGCAAUCACCGCAACGGCGUCGUUUCGUCUACGAACAAGAACGCCCUCAAGCUCCACCUCCAGAAGCUCGGCCUCGAGCUCACCUGCCCUCUCUGCCUAGGGUUCUUCAAUCGGCCGACACUGCUGCCGUGCAAUCACAUCUUCUGCAGCGGCUGUGUGCCCAAUCGGAACAAUUUCGGAGCGGAGUGUCCUCUCUGUAACAUCCAAGUUCCUGGUGAAGAUCUGAGGCAAGCGCCUUUCAUGGAAAGCAUUGUAGCAAUAUACAAAAACAUGAAGGCGACUUGCUGUAUCAACUCAUCCCAGCCCAUAUCUUCAGAUGGUAUAACAGCUUCGGGUCAAAGGCAGGUUUCACAUAAUGCCAGUUUCGCAGGGAAAACAACUAAACAAUCGUUUGACAAUUGCCAAGAGGGUAAAUCAGAAAGUGCCCAGAUCAUUGUUUCAUCAAGGAGUAAUAAGCGAGUUUGGGUUCCAUGUAGUCAGAAAUAUUCUGUGACAGAUGGAAUUGAGAAGGAUGACAAAGGAGACACCUGUAGCAUGCCAAUAGAUGGUAACCUUGAAGGAGUCGAGUUGCGUACAGGACUAAAAUCUAAUGUUGGGGUAGAUCACAUUUCACCAUCACCAAGUUCUCUAAUGAGAUCUGUGGCACUGAAUGAGUGCACGACUGCAGAAAGAGAUGUGAAUCCAAUAGUGCAGUCUUUGCUGGAUAGUCCUCCUUCAUUUGGUGAUCUCAGGGGUUCAGAUAAUGAUAAUAGCUUUGACCAGCAUUCUGAGCAAAUUUCAGACAGUUCUUUGAUCAGGGGGUCAAUCAGGAAAAUUGAUGAUAGAACAGAGCAAUUGAGGCCUGAUGGUUCUGCAUCUGAUACUGAUGGUCAUUUGAGGGAACUCAAGAGACCAAAAAAAUUGGACUGUGGGUCAGUCUCAGGAACUAAUUCUGAGCAGAAACUUGAAUUAGGAACACGUUUGAUUGUGUCUUAUGCAAAUAACACAAUCUGUGCAUUUUGCCAGUCUUCCACAAUCUCAGAGGCCACUGGGCAAAUGUUGCACUAUUCCAAGGGGAAAUUGGUGGAGGGAGAUGGUGCAAUUGUUUCUGAUGUCAUGCAUGUUCACAAGAUAUGCAUUGAUUGGGCACCACAAGUGUACUUUAAAGAUGAUACCAUUAAAAAUUUGAAGGCAGAAGUGACAAGGGGUGCAAAACUAAAAUGCGCUAAAUGUGGGGUAAAGGGAGCAGCCUUGGGAUGCUAUGUGAAAUCCUGCCGACGAAGCUAUCAUGUUACGUGUGCAAUUGAAGUUUCCAAGUGCCGUUGGGAUAAUGAAAACUUUCUGCUGCUGUGUCCAACACAUUGUUCACAUAGAUUUCCCAACGAGAAGUUGAAUCAUCACAAGCACAAAAAAUUUCAGCUCUCCAACGUUAGAGCAGCUUCAAAUGGAGUGAACAACUGGGUCUUUUGUCCUUCUGGUUUGUCUUCUGAAGAGAAGUUUUUUCUAAUCACAUUUGCUGAGACAAAUGGUGCAACUUUGUCCAAGAGCUGGACACCUGAUGUUACCCAUGUGAUUGCUGCCCUUGAUGGGGAUGGUGCAUAUGUCCGGACAUUUAAAAUUUUCAUGGCCAUUUUGGCAGGAAAAUGGAUUGUGAAAAUUGACUGGGUAAAAGCAUGCAUGGAAGCCAAGCAACAUGUGGAUGAAGAACCUUAUGAAGUUACUCUUGAUAACUAUGGGUGCCGCAGUGGCGCGAAAGGUGGCAGGCUUAGGGCAUUAAGCAAUGAUCUGAAGCUCUUCAAUGGUUUGAAUUUCUAUUUUGCUGGUGAAUUCGUACUGGAACGGAUGGAAGACUACAAGAAAUUGGUCCUAGCUGCAGGAGGUACUGUUUUUAACAGUAAGGAAGAAUUGCUGGAAGCAAGUAAUCAUGAGAAGGGAGCUUCAAGGAUACUAGUUGUUUACAACCUUGACCCCCCACCAGGAUGCAAGUUGGGGGAAGAAGUUACCAUACUUUGGCAAAGGUCUAAUGAGGCACAAGAUAUAGCUUCAAAAAUUGGAGCUGAAUAUGUCUUUCACACAUGGUUGUUGGAGUCUAUUGCGAGAUAUGAGCUGCAGCCAAUUGUCUGUUGACGAAGUAUGCAAUGGGGUCAUUCUUGUUUGUAUGUUGAACUACCAAACAACCAUCCAGCUACAGGUAUGUCGAAGAUGGCAAUCUGUAUGUUUUGUUAGAAAGGUAGGUUGAAGAUGGUUGUGUAUAUGCUUCA